UUUUUUUAUUAUGCAUAUGGUAACACUGCAUGCCAACGCCAUCGGGCUUAAUCGGGCCCAUUGGGUCAGCUGUCAUGUUCUUCUGUAAAUAUGAAUCUAUAAAAAGCUAGUAUAAAUAAUACUGGAUAAAUAAUUGUUUUCAAAUUGAAACAAAAGUAUUUUAAUGAUGGAAGAAUACGAUAGUGAUGCAGUGAUUGACGCCAUAGAGGCGAUGCAUUCGUGUCGCUGCUGCCUGCGUCGCCCUCCAGACAAGGGUUUGAAGACUUUGUAUACUCAUGAUGGAAAAACUGAGAUAUACUUGGAUAUGAUUCAAGAAUGCUUUAAUAUACGAGUUGUAAUGCGUAACGACGAUGAGAGCGGGAUCUGCGAGGCGUGCGUGGGGCGGCUGCGGGACGCGAGCGAUUUCAAGCAUCUAGUGCAGCGCAGCCAGACCGAGCUUCAGCGGUUGCAGUUCAUUCAUUUUUUCGAUGAGAAACCCGCAAUAAAGUCCGAGGGUGUGGAAGGAAAUACCACAAAUGACGAUUUUACACUACGCGAAGUGCACCCGGUCAAGUUGGAGGCGAAGAUGUUGGAGGGCGAAACGAUCAACAACGAAGAAUUGGUACAAGCACUGCCAUUGGCCAUCCCAACACCGGCCCCGGUUGAGUCAGACGAUGCUUCCGACCAUACAUCGGACCAACUUGAGCAGCUGUCCGAAUCGGCGGGCCUCACGGAGUCAGCUGCGUCUGCCAUCGCCAGGAAACAGAUAGAAAAGCUGGUCCAUCUACCCCCCGCCCCACCCUUAGACGGUGCACCCAGGGGCCCAGUGCCCCGCUCUAGGGGACCCCCGAUACCUGUCUCCUGCGACAUAUGCAAGAAAAAAUUCCAAUAUAAAAGCCUCCUCGUGAAACACAUGCCCCGCCACACUGGAGUGAAACCGUACGCGUGUGAAGUAUGCAACAAACAAUAUUCACUUAAAUCCGUUUUAAAGAAUCAUUUAAAAAGUCACACGGACAAGUUCUCCUGCAAGAUAUGCCAAAAAGAAUUCGCUUACAGACACAAUUUAAAAUCCCACAUGCGUGUACAUACAGGUGAAAAGCCGUUUUCAUGUGAAGUAUGCAAUAAAGAAUUUUCAAAAAAACUUACUUUAAAAACGCAUUUGUCGAGUUCCGGUCACUUACUUCCAAUAUCCUGCAAAAUAUGUAAAAAAAGAUUUGCAAAUGAAAGUGGAUUAAAUGAACACAUCAUAAGCUUGCACGGAAUUAAAGAAACAAAACAACUGCACACAAAAAAACGACAUAUAAAACAGCAACAAACAAAUGAAACUCAAGCAUAUGACCCCCAAACAAAAGAACAAUCUAACACAAACAAAACAGUAAAUCUGUCAGACAAAUUAUUCUGUUGCGAAAUAUGUGGAAAGCAAUAUAGACUUAAGAAAUUAUUUGAAUCCCAUAUGAACAGUCACAUGGGAGUGAAGUUAGAGUACUGUAAUUUGUGUGAUAAACCAUUCGCAGACAGAAACACUUUGAGAGGCCACAUGCUAAUACACACAGGAGAGAAGCCUUAUCCCUGUGAGAUUUGUCAUAGGCGAUUUAGACAGAGCUCAGCUUUACAAGAUCACAUAAUGAUACACAAAGGAAUUAAACCAUAUUCUUGCGAAGUAUGUAAUAAGGAAUUUAGACAUAAAUCUGCUUUAAAAGUUCACAGCCAACGACAUACAGGACAGAAAGCGCAUUCUUGUGAUGUAUGCAAAAAGGAAUUUAUAGUUUUGGCUGCGUUGAAAAUGCAUUAUCGUGUUCAUACUGGCGAGAAACCGUACGCCUGUAAAGUUUGCAAUAAGCAAUUUCGCCUUCCUAGCACAGUCAGGAGGCAUCUUAGGCGCGUCCACAGUGAAUCACCUUCGAGAUAUGUAGUAAUAAAAUAGUAACAAAUGUGAUAUUGUACAAUUUAUUUCAAUUCAGUCAGAAAUUACGUUAAGACGAAGUUGACAUUUCAAUAUAAUUAGUCAUUUUUAUUAGUUAAGGAUUAAAAGACAGUGCAUUUCAGCCCACAUAAAUAGUAAUCUUAUAUUCUUUUAUAUAUGAUUACUAUACAUGUGGGCAUUAGCGCCCUGGAGAGGGAUGAGAUCUUUAAAUACGUAGUUAAUCUCUAUGGGCAGUUCAAACGUUAGCUAUAAACUAAAUAUUCUACUUAAACAGAACUAAGUAGUACAUAAAUCUUUUGUACUUGUAAUCUAUAAAAACUGCGAUUGCUUUACCAACAUUUUUUUCGUUACAUCACAAUGUAAAUACGCGGUUGUACUAAUUAUGUUUUUUUUUUCCUUAUUUAUGUUUAUUUUUUGUAAAAUAAAGUAUUUUACUAAUACUACUACAUUGCUUAAACAUGAAUGAAAGUUUAAGAAUAAGACUUUACCUUUAUAUACAUUGAUAACUGACAUCUAACUUAUUGCUGUAAAAUUGGACUUCGCUUACCGCUGUCUCGGGCACAAAACUACAAUCCAAGCAUAAUAAAGGCAUGUAAAUUAAAUUACCUCGUGUGUUCAUAUUCAUAUUCAUAAGUAUAAGUUUUGAGACAAACAUUUGAAGAAAAUUAAAUAAAAAAUCGGCCAAGUGCGAGUCGGAUUCGCACAGGAAGGGUCCAUUAAUCUAUAAAAACCGCCCGACGUUACUUAACUUCGGUGAUUGGAUGAGAACCUCGAGAUUGGAGAUUAGAGAAAUACUUAUUUUAUUGUUUUUAGUAUUUGUUCUUAUAGCGGCAACAGAAAUUCGUAAUCUGUAGAAAUUUCAACUGGCUAACUGUCACAGGUCAUGAGAUACAGCCUGGUGACAGACGGACGGACGGGCGGACAGCGGAGUCUCAGUAAUAGCGUCCCGUUUGACCCUUUGGGUACGGAACCCUACAAAGAAUAUACUGGCAUCUUUUUCUUUUAUAAAUUUGAAUUUGGAAUGUCUGUGUUCUAUCUAUGCUGUUUGAAUAUUCAUUUCAUUAUUUACCUCAAGAUGGACGCAACAAAAGAUUUGCGCCUAACUGUGAUUUCGCUACAUAAGGACGGAAAAAACGAAUGGAAAUCUCAAGUGACAUAAAAACAUUUGGUGUAAGCCGCAACUUUGAUUAUUACACUUUAAAACGUUACAAGGAGACUCGUUCUUCAAAACAUCCACAAAGUGGUCGGCCGCAGUCUGUAUAUAUGGGGACUUCAUUUAUCAUUAUUUAGUAAAGAAUAACAAAAGUGAUAAUCAUUAAAAAAAAAAUCUAGAACUUUUACUGUCUCAAAACUUGUGAACACACGAGGUACAUUACAAUCUAGUCGGGUGUCGUACCAUCAUUGUGGUACGCGGCGUUCUCUAGAGGUAAAAAACUCUUUAUUUAUUUAAUUCUCUCUAAUAAUAUCUACAGUAUCGGUCAAUAAUAUAUUAUCCCCAUACUUUUACGGUAUGAUUUUAUUUUAAUGUUUGUGAGUGACUUCCACCUCACUACUGUAGGUAGUCUAGAAGUAUUCCUUUGUACGAGCGAUUAGAGAAAUUUGUCUCAUGUCAUGGUUUUUUCAUAGAGGUUUUUUUAAUUUUACUCUCUUAUUUUACUUAACUUAUUUUUUUUAUUAUAGCUUUUUUAAUAUUAUGCAGUCUCCGAUUCAUAGUAUUUCAUUGCACUAUUCAUCAACAUCAUAUAUUUGUAUAAAAUGACUAGUAAAAUAUGCAAUCUACAAACUAACCUAAUCAAAAACACACAAAGGUGAUAUAUUAUUGGCCGGUACUGUAAUUUAGCAAUCAGGAUAGUCUGGAUAGUAAAGUAUUAAGAUCUCUGUACUGUUCCUAGCGUUUGUCCCGGCUUAUUGCCACGGCUCAUGGGAGCCAGGGGUCCGCUUGACAACUGAUGCCGAGAAUUGGCGCAGGCACUAGUUUUUACGAAAGAAACUGGGACUUAUUGGGAUUAGUUCGGUUUCCUUACGAUGUUUUCCUUCAACGAAAAGCGACUGUAUAUCAAAUUAUAUAUCGUACAUAAGUUCCGAAAAACUCAUUGGUGCGAGCCGAGGUUUGAACCCGCGACCUCCGGAUUGAAAGUCGCACGCUCUUACCGCUAGGCUACCAACGCUUCUAGUGUUAAGAUCUCUGUAAAAUCACAAAAUGAUUUAUUUACAUAUUUAUAAAAUGGAAUAGCGGUUUUUACAAUUUAUUUGUAUACAGUUUCAGUAAUAAAAUUGUACAGUUAUGU